GAGGAAGGAAAAUUAAAACCUGUAAAGGUAUAUGAUGAUCUUAAAUCAGAUAGAGCUAGAAUUUUUAAAGAAUGUGCUAAGGUAUCAGGUGUUUAUUAUUUAAUAAAUAACAUUAAUGGCCAUACUUAUGUAGGAAGUUCUAUAAAUUUAGCUGCUAGAAUGAAAAACUAUCUUAACAAUAGUUAUCUACAAAGUAAAACAAAUUCUAAUAUGCCUAUUACAAAGGCUUUACUUAAGUAUGGUCAUUCUAACUUUUCUUUUUGGAUUUUAGAGUAUGUUAACUCUGACCAGUUAGCUAUAAGAGAAACUCUAUAUAUUACACAAAUUCUUCCUUAUUAUAAUGUAUUAAAAAAGGGUUAUUCUUCUUUAGGGUACAAACACACGGAAGAAACUAAAACUCUUCUUUCUAAUUUAGCUAAGAAUCGGGUACAUUCACCUGAAACUAAGGCAUUAAUAGUAAAAGCUCUAACAGGUCAGAACAAUCCUUUUUUCGGUAAAAGUCAUACCAUGGAAAGUAUUAGGCAAAUCAUUAAAAAUAAAUCAUAUAAUCCUGUUUACAUUUACGAUUCCUAUAAAAAUUUAAUAGCUAUUUAUCCUUCAGUAAAAACAUUGUCUAAAAAGGUUGGUGCGAAUAGUACCACAAUCGUUAAUUAUAUAAAAAGUAAAGCAUUGUUUAGAGGAGAAUGGUAUUUUACUAAUAUUCCUUUUAACAUUGAUGAUACCCCUAUAAUAAAAGAUUGA